UCUCUUGAGCUGCUUCCUCCUUCAGAAGCAAACUUCCAGGGACAGACGAGCGUCGCAACAACGGGGAACUCCCACCACACCGGCGCAUGCUGUCAGCCCACCUGGCUCAGGUAGACCAGAUGGCUUCGGUCACUUGCAGGGUCCAGUACCUGGAGGACUCGGACCCCUUCGUGUGCACCAACUUCCCCGAGCCGAGGAGACCGCUUCAGAUCGACCUGGACCAGAACCUGGCGCUCAGUGAGCUGAUUGCGGGGAUCCAGAGCCUUCUUGGGGCUCCUCUCAAAGUGGAGGACAGUACCCUGCAGGUGUCUUCCAGGGGGAACUAUGUGGAUCUGGAGUGUUCUCUGGCGGAGCAGAGAGACGACCUGGGGAACUUCUACCAGGAUAUAGAAAAUGGGAAGAAGCCCAUCCUGAUUUUGCGGACUCUGCUAUCUGUACGGGUGAACUGCAUUCUGGAGAAACUGUAUAACUCUCAAGGCCCGGAGCUUCGGCGCGCUCUCUUCUCUCUCAAGCAACUCUUCCAGGACGAUGAGGAUCUUGUCCCAGAGUUUGUGGUCUCAGAGGGCCUCACCUGCUUCAUCAAGGUCGGAGCGGAAGCUGACCACAACUACCAGAACUACAUCCUCAGAGCUCUGAGUCAGAUCAUGCUGUUUGUGGAUGGGAUGAACGGGGUGAUUGGCCACAAUCAGACCGUCCAGUGGCUCUACACUCUGACAGGAAGUCUGUCUCGCCUGGUGGUGAAGACGGCCCUGAAGCUGCUCAUCGUGUUCGUAGAAUACAACGAGUCCAACAGUCCCCUGCUCAUCACAGCCGUCAACACAGUGGACAACAAGAGAGAUGUUGAGCCUUUUAGGUACGUGAUGGACAUCCUGGAGGAGAAGAACGGCUUUGACAAUGAGCUCCUAAUCUACACCAUGACACUCCUCAACAAGACGGUGGCAGCGCUUCCGGACCAGGACUCCUUCUACGAUGUGACGGACUCCCUGGAGCGUCUCGGCAUGGAGAGGGUCAUGCAGAAACACACCAGCAACAAAAGCCUUGAGCCGGAACUACGGCAGCAGUUCUCCAUCUACGAGGCUGCUCUGAGGUACGAGGACGGAGACGUAGAAGAUCUCUCACCUCAGCUCCGCAAGGAGCGCCGCAAGGUGUCCAGCGACCAGGAGGGGAGGAGGAGCAGGCGCACCUCGGCCCAGAACCUCCCGGACCUCCUCUCCCCCACCUCCUCGGACAUCUCCUCCACCUCCCUCGGCGGGGGCAAGAGGAGCAGCGUUACCUCUGACCUCAGCACCCCCUCCCCUAGUUCCUCCCUGAGAGGAUCUCCUCUGCCCCUCCUUCAGGCCGCCAACGGUACUGCAGCCUCACCCACCCUCACCCCGGAAGACCUGCCCCAGAGCCCGGGCCGGUCUUUUCUCAGCCACCACAUGUCUGCAGGGCAGUCACGUCGCUCCAGGCUCUUCUCUAAGGCCGCCUCUGUCUCAGAACAACACUCUGAAGCUAGCAGUGUGUCUGGUCCAGAACUGUCACCUCGGUCCAGUCCUGAAGACUCGUCCGAAGACCGGCGCCUUAAUGUCUCUGGUCCGGAACUGUCACCUCGGUCCAGCCCUGAAGACUCGUCAGAAAACCGGCGCCUUAAUGUCCAGGAGGUUUGUAUGAAUCUGGACAAGCCCGUCCUGAGGAGGUUUGACCCCUCCGUGGUGCUUAGCCUGGCUGCAGCUCAGUGGAAUAAGAGACGCUCCAUGCAUGAAGCGACCCCUGUGGCUGCUGUAGCCACGCCCCCACCGCCUGCCGAGGUCAUAACCACUCCCCCAUCGCCUGUUGAGGUGGUAGCCACGCCCCCAUCGCCCGCUGAGGUCAAAGCUCUGUGUAAAGACAAUCAGUUGGAGGGAGGUGCUUUCUCCCCUGUGACAGAGGAGGCCGAGGUCCGCGCCGACCGGCCUGUCCUCCAGGGUAGUGUCGUGGAGCAGCAGAAGACUCUGUUCUCCAAGAAAGAGCAGGUCUCUGGGGAGGAGAAGGCUGCCAAACCUAUCGGACGGCUGCCCCAGCGUCUGUCCAUCCUAGAGACCACGACCCCCUCCCCCAGCGACACCUCCUCCUCCAAGCGGGCAGAACUAGAGGGCUUGAAGGGCUCCACGAAGGAGGCUCUGUCCAGACUCCGUCCCCAGCGCAGCAUCAGCGCUGAGGGCCCCCCCCUCAUCAUUGCCCCAGGGCCCGCCUCUCCCUCCCCAAUGGACACCGGUGAACUGCGGCCCCGCCCGGCAGACCUCCGCAUCAAAGACAUGGACUUCUCCGACCUCCUUGAGGACGAGGACCAUGACGUCUUGGACAUGGACACCUUCGACUCCCACAAGGCGGGGAACCUCGGGGGUCCUCCUCCACCUCCUCCACUACCUGGUGGAGGAGGCCCACCCCCACCUCCUCCUCUACCUGGUCUCGGAGGCCCACCUCCUCCACCCCCACCUCCUCCUCCUCUACCUGGUCUGGGAGGCCCACCCCCGCCUCCCCCUCCUCCUCCUCCACCCCCCGGUCUGGGAGGCCCCCCUCCUCCUCGGCAGGGCGGUGUUUCUGCUGUGAUGAAGAGGAAGACAGUGAAGCUGUUCUGGAAGGAGCUAAAACAGGCCGAAGGACUCGACCGCGGACUGAAGUGUAAAUUUGGCCGUGGGACGGUCUGGGCGUCCCUGGACAAGGUAGUGGUGGACUCGGCCAAACUAGAGCACCUGUUUGAAUCCAAGGCGAAGGAGCUGACCGUCGCCAAGAAGGGAGUGGAGGUGAAGAAGUCCGAGAUUCUGGUCCUCGACCCAAAGAGGAGCAACGCCCUGAACAUUGGGAUGAAGGUGCUCCCUGCCGUUCACAUCAUCAAGGCUGCCAUCCUGGCCUUUGAUGAAUUUGCCAUCAGUAAGGAGGGAAUAGAGAAGAUCCUGACAAUGAUUCCCACCGAAGAGGAGAAGGUGAGGAUCCAGGAAGCCCAGUUGGCCAAUCCAGACGUCCCGCUAGGCAGCGCUGAACAGUUCCUGCUAACGCUAGCUUCCAUCAAUGCUCUGGCCCCGCGGCUACAGCUCUGGUCCUUCAAACUCAACUAUGAAGCGACAGAGAAGGACAUCGCGGAGCCGCUGUUCGACCUGAAGCUUGGCAUGGAUCAGCUCAGCAAGAACGAGACCUUCAGGAGGAUCCUGGCUGCCCUGCUGGCCAUAGGAAACUUCCUCAACAGCUCAAACGCUCCAGGGUUCGAGCUGUCCUACCUGGAGAAGGUGUCUGAGGUGAAGGACACGGUUCAGAGGCAGACUCUGCUGCACCAUGUCUGCUGCCAGAUACUGGAUACCUACCCGGAGUCCACUGACGUGUACUCUGAGAUACCAGCCAUCACCAGGUCUGCUAAGGUGGACUUUGAGCAGCUGGCAGACAGCUUAGUGCUACUGGAGAGGAAGUGCAAGGCAUCCGAGGAGAACCUGAAGCUUGUCUCCAAACACGAGACCAAAGCUGUCCUCAGGAACAAGAUGAGCGUCUUCCUAAAGGACUGCAGCCACAGGAUCGGGAUCCUCAAAGUAGUGCACAGGAGGGUCAUCAACAGGUUCCACUCCUUCUUGUUGUUCCUGGGCCAGCCGUCUCACGGUGUGCGUGAUGUGGCCGUCACCCGGUUCUGUGGGGUCCUGAGUGAGUUCAGCCUGGAGUACCGGACCACGAGGGAACGCCUGCUCACCCAAAGACGCAAGAGAGCGGCCCACCGGGAGCGCACCAAGACCAGGGGGAUGAUGAUCACAGAGACUGAGAAGUUCUCGGGGGCGGUGCCUUCCCAGGAGGAAAACGAGGACGAGGACAAGGUGGUGGGGCAGGAGCAGGGGGAGAAGGAGCAUGAUCACAUGACUAACCUCCUGAUGACCUCCCACCCCCAGACUCUGAGACGCUCAAGAGGAACACGUCAAGGCAGAGCGAGUCCAUCCCAGUCUCCGGUAUCCAAGGAUGACAUCAUCACCGGUGGUCAAGACGACGCCACGGAUGAGAUCAUGGAUCAGCUCGUGAAGUCCGUUACCCAGAAGCCCUCAGAGCGCCCGGCCAGCCCCAAGACACGCAAACGCUCCCGCCUCAACAGGAAGUCAUUGAGGAGGACUCUGAAGACUGGACUGAGUGUGGAUGUUGUCCAAGCUCUCGGCCUCACUCCCGAUACACUCUGAUACACGCACCCUACACACAACCCAAUACACACUAGACUACACACCCACUCUGAUACAAUACACUACACAGUAGACAACACAACACACACAAACAAACCGACACACACACGAUAUUGAAAGUUCCUACACAACACUACACUUCACACUCACACAGAAAACUGGACAGCAUAGGAGAGCACGGAGGACCUAAAGGAGACCACCCCAUGGUCCCCAAAGGAGUGGGGGUUGGAUUGGUAUUCUAUAAACUAUGUCAUGUACUAGUUUACUAUACUAUGCUAUAUGAUAUCCUUGGUGUACGUUAUAUCAUACACUUAAUAUGGUUUGGUGCAGACACUAAAUAACGUCCUUUGUGUAAAUUUUAAUUUGUAUUCAUUUUUAAAAUUGUAUAUAAAAAAAAAAAUUUAACUGAAAUAAAUAAAAAUUAAAACCCUGUG